AUGGCGUCUUCAGAUCCAAUCAAGAAAGUCUGCCUCGUUGGCGCAAACGGAACGGUAGGCUCCGUCAUCACCAGAAAGCUCCUGGAAGUCGGCUGCUUCCAUGUUUCGGUCCUCCGCCGCUCAAGCUCAUCAUCCGCCUCCCCAACUGGUGUCACCGAGAUAUCCGUGUCGCCCGCCCUGGAGCUCCAAGAGCUUACCGAGGCUCUCUCGGGGCAAGACGCCGUUGUCGCCGCCAUCCCACUCAGGGAUGUCUCGGAGCACCUCCGCCUGGUGGAAGCCGCCUUCAACGCCCGUGUCCGCCGUUAUAUCCCCGCAGACUACGGUAGCUGUGACGCUGCCAGUCCCCAGGCACAGCACCACUUGAAGCUGUAUCGCGACAAGACCGCCGUGCGCGUCAGGUGCGAGCAGCUUGCCCAGAAGGCUGACGAGGACCCGACUGGUGCCGGUCCGUUUACGUGGACAUCGAUCAUCUGCGGCCACUUUUUCGACUACGGCCUUGCCAGUGGUCUGCUCCAUUUCAACCUCGACACGGAAACGGCCCAGAUUCUCGAUGCGGGCGACAUCAAGGCCUCGGCGUCUACUCUGGGCCGCGUCGGCGAGUCGGUCGUCCGCGUGCUGCAGCGUCACGAGGCCACCCGGAACCGCGCCGUGUACGUCCAGAGCUUCUGCCCGACGCAGCUCGAGAUCCUGGCAUCUCUUGAGCGCGCCACGGGCCACAAGUGGCAUGCCCAGUACCUGGACUCGAAUGCGUUUCUGGAACGCCAAAGCCAGCGUCUGGAGGCGGGUGAUGCGGAAGCCAUUGAGGAAAUUGUGUUUGUCCUGGGUACUGUCGAUGCCGACUGGACGCGCAAGGGCGGCUAUGCCAUGGACCUGCUGGGCCUGGAGGAUGAGAAUCUCGACCAAGUAAUUCGCGACGUGGUGGCCACCCACAAAGCAAAAGCGCAAGAUUGA